AUGACAGGAAGAGCAGCAACUGCAGUAGGGGCAACGGCAUUAGCGAUAGUUAGCGAUAGUGCUGCAGCAGAAGCAAUUGCAGCACUUGGAUCUGCUGCUGGUGUAGCCGGAGGAGUAACAAAUAUUGGAGCAGAUAUUGUUGCAGAUAAAUUGGCUGUCAGAGCCGAAACAAAAUCUGAGCAAAUUUUAAUUAAUCAAGCUAAGAGCACAGAAGAUUUUAUGAAGCUACUGAACGAAUACAAGAAACACACAGAAAAUCAUCUAAAGACAGCUAAAAUGCUCGGUGACGUACAUGUGCGCUUUAGAAAGCUGCACGAAACCAGAGUGAGGGUAACUAUUGGCAUAGGUGAUUCGGUCGAAGAAGAACUCGGGUUUGUAAAAUCGUUUGUAAAAGAAACGAAGUUGAUUGCAGGGAGGAUAGAAACCAUUGUCAAGGUAGUUACCAUUGGGGGUGAAGUGAUAACCCGAGUCAUUCAUGGAACUGGAGCAACGGCGGCAACAAAAACGGAUCUCAGCCGUGGUUGCCGAAAAUCGCUGAUAAAAUAUCAUCAGUUGGCGCUUUAACUUGACUAUGAUGGUGAUGUGAUGAUGAUGAAUUGUACUGUAUAAAAGUG